AUGACUAUACUGAACAUGCUGGAAAGGCUAUCUUACCACUUGGCAGGCCCCCACAGGAGGGCGUUCUACGGCACUCUUGAUCGGUGCUUGGAGAAGGAGGAGGUGCAGAAAGAUGAAGUGCACUUGGUCCGGGUCUGCACGAUGAAAAUGUACAGCCUAGCAACGGACGGGCACAUUGCAGAGUCCUUGCGGGUCUACUGCAAGUGCGUGAAAGAGCGCGCUGCACUUCUCCGGGAGCACCAAAUAGAAAGCGCAAUGCUCAAAGAGAGCCUGAUACUUAUGGACAGAGUCGAGGAGGUGGAGACUGCAGGCCUCUCGGAGAGCGAGAAAUACGAGGUGUUUUUGCUCCGGGGGGAUCUUGCGGGAUGCAGAAAAAGUGCCAUUUCCUUGCUGAAAACGCAUCCUAUGCUUGCAAUGGGGCUGUUUCUCGUGGAGGCAGAAAAGCACCCGGGCACAACCCCAGCGAGUUUGCAGCUUCUUCUGAAAAGAGUCACCGUCGCAAACUCUCUUAUUACGGCGCUUUAUCGGAAGAAAGUGCCGUACUCCGUGCUUCGGCCGCACAUUCGAAGGGAUCUGGACACUUCAUUUGUCUUUCUCAUGAAGGCUCUUCUCCUGGGAGGGGAGGAUAUUAGCGAGUUUGUCGGACAGGGCGUGGACGGCCUUUUGGACCUUCUUGACGACUGGGAAGUAUACGAGCACGCGAUGAAAAAGGGCAUCUCCGUGAGAGAGAGGGAGGACAGCAUAAACAGCCUGCGGUUCCAGAUGGAAGUCCAGCGCACAAAAGACGCCAUUUCCCGCUUUAUCCUCGCAGGAGGGAGCGUAGGCCUGUGCAAAAAGCACAUAGAAGGCCUGCCAAAGUGCGAAAAGCAGGCGCUUAUUGAGGGGCUGCCGGCAUGCGCGCGCAUGAAAGUUGAGUACUACCAGAACCACUCUGUUGCUGUUUUUGGGGAAAGUCUGGGAAAGUGCAUGGCCUCAGUGGGCGACUUUGUCUUCGUAGUGGGCGCACUUCUGGCGGAUAGAACAGAGCAGAGCCUCAUGGACAGCCUGGUUUUGUGCUAUGCAAAGAAAACUGCGUACGACUCGGCAUACCAAGUCCAGCUGCUUCUGUGCGUUCUGUACAGGUACUUGUGCAUGUAUGACGCAAUGCUGCAGGAGUACAUAAGCAUGUCUGUGCAGACAGUGCAGCUCGAGGGAAUGACGUACAUUUGGAGCGACCUCCAGAUCCUCCUGGGAGAAGACGAGCCCGCACUGAAGGAGCAGUACGAAAAAAACAGGCUGCUCACGCUGGGGACUAUAAAUGCAAGCCUUCUCGGCUUCAUAAAGAAGGAGGAGUAUGCGCAAGUCGGGCCUUUGCUGGAGUACAAGCAGGCGCUUGUAAAUUCAUCCGUCCACAGGCAGAUCGUGGAAAACAAGUUUUUCUGUCUGGACAGGCUGCCUGCGAUAGAGAACAUUCUGGUUCCGGAGAGCCGGUACAUCUUCGAGAAAGUAAUGCAGCCUCCAAGAGAGAAAAAAGACGCCACGCUUUUGACCAUACACAGCAUGCCCGUGGAAAUCUCCCGAGACAAAGUGCAGGAGAUGCUUUGCAAGUCCAUCGAAAAAAUUCGCCAGUUCGUGGAGGUGCCCGAGAGCAUACACGAAGCCUUCAGAAUGGGCGAGGUGCAGGAGCGCGCGUGGAAGAGUCUGCGUGCACAGUAA